AUGGCGACUGAAAAAUGGGCUAGUUUUAAUGUAGAUGAGUUAUUCAGUUCCUGCGAUUUGGACAAGUCAGGUUACAUCGACAGACAUGAAUUAGCUGCCGUUUGCGACCUAAACGACCAAGAUUUAAAUGAAAUAUUCUGCCAGCUCGACUUGGACAACGAUGGACGAAUUAGCGUCGAAGAGUUCUCGAAAAAUUUUCAAAGUUUUAGCGAUGUUGUCGCCGAAUUAAAGUCGACAAAACAAAUCGAUACGGAAAAUUCAAAAAGUCGCAAAGCGGGAUUGGCUGCGUUUAAGAACGAAUUGGGGCUCGACUCUGCACUUUUUCCGAGGUAA